CUUUGGAUUAUUCGGUGUGUUAACGCGUGAUUUUAGUAUUUGAUAUUGUGUUAUUUUUCAUUUCUCAUUGAUUUUGUAUAUUAUUUACAAUAUAUAUCUAUUAUUUAGGUAUAUACCCUCUUAAAUAACAUCAAGUGAUACCUGCUCAAUAAAUAGCCACUUCUAAAUAUCUUAAAGUAUACAAAAGCAAUUCCUUGGUCGCUAUAACAACGGACAGCCCCACUGUUUACGAACCGAAGUCUGCACGAGAAACAGUAACGCACCACCGCCGCGCCCGGUCGCCCUUCGCCCACCACCCGCUCAAACAUAGCGCGAAGUGGAAACUCAUCCGAAAGUGUUAUAUUCAAAUAAACAAAACAAAUGACAUGCCAGUCGCGUCGGAAAUUAAAUCCCGAGCGUUCUAUUUUUAAAUACUGACAAUUCUAUUUUCAAAGUGUCCGUUACAUUCGAAAAUGAUUCGAGUUGUUGUGUUGGUAUUGUUGACGCAUCCGGCAUUCGCGGCCCGGGAGCCUCCACAAAUAAACUUGGUGAAUCAAGGGACGAUCGCGGGAAUGUAUAUGACGAGAUUCCGUACUAAGCGGAUUGCGGCGUACGUGGGGAUCCCUUUCGCCCAGCCACCGAUAGACUUCAGAAGGUUUACUCCUCCUGAGGUCAGCGAUUUGCCCCGUUGGGAUGGGGUAAGAAACGCCACAACAUACGCGCCAGAUUGCAUGCAGCAGGACCCUAUGAAGAAAGACGAGAAGGAUGAAGCUGUAGGCGCAACGGUACCAAGACACGAUGAGCUGUUUAUUAAGCUAUUGGAUACGCAAUUGGAGGAGCCGCGCAAGAAAGAAUUUUCCGAAGAUUGCCUUUACUUGAACGUUUACGUACCUGAUGGUUACAAAACAGACAAGUUUCCCACGAUCGUGUGGUUUCACGGGGGCAGCUUCGUCCGCGGCAGCCCUAACUACUUGAACCCUUUUCAUCUCGUUUGGAAGUAUAAGGUGAUAUUUAUUUCUGUCGCCUAUCGAUUGAACAUUUUCGGAUUCUUCUCAACACUGGACAACGAAGCUACUGGGAAUUAUGGAAUUUUAGAUCAAAUAGCUGCUAUGGCUUGGAUCAAAAACAACAUUGAAAGUUUUGGUGGGGACCCAGAAAAUAUAUGUAUCAUGGGUCACGAAGCAGGAGCCGUGAGUGUUGGGAUCCAUCUAGUAGCACCGUACUCUGUAGGAGCCUUCCAGAAAGCAAUCGCAAUGAGUGGAAACAUAUUAUCACCAAACACAGUGAGUACUGCGAGUAAAGAAGUACUAACUGUAGAUAAAACUGCAAUAGCCUUCAGCUGCUUCAGAAAACCAACCUUCCAACUACUUGAUUGUUUAAGAAGAGUUCCUGCCCAAGCGCUUUUGGAUAUAGGUGGCCCUUUAUCCGAAUGGGGACCCAUUAUUGACAAAGAAUUUAGCAAUAUAUCAACAUCUUUAUUUUCGGAUAAACCAAGCAGAAUGUUCAAUGAAAUCUUAUCUCCCGUGCCGUUUUUGACUGGUUUCACAAAUAUGGAAGAUGCUCUUGAACUGCAAAAGGAAGACAACGAUGAACCUGGCAUAAGUCAAUCUCAGUAUGAUAUAAUGCGCAAAGAAAUUGUUUUGUCUGAUAUAACGGUGGACAAUAGCUCAUGUUUCACGAAUCAACAUCAUAUACAAGAUGCGGUUGCGUUUUUCUACAAGCCUAUACCGCCUACAAACAAUGAAACAAUUUUAUUAAAACUAUUUUUGGAAUUUUACACGGAUAAAGUGCAUGGAGCCACGACGUAUCAACUAGCUAAAUACUUAAGCAGUCAUGCGCCCGUAUAUCUUUACAGAUUUGACUUGAAGCCGUUUUCUGAUAUUGCGAACGAGGGUAUUCCCGAUUGGGUCGGGGUUCCUCAUAAUUUUGACUUAACUUACACUUUUGGACUACCCCAUUUGGCUUUGCCUGAGGACUUUGGUAAAUGGGACAUAAGAGAUAAGAGUAUUUCGGAUGUUAUUAUGAAAAUGUGGACCAAUUUUGCUUGGUAUUCGAAUCCUACAAAUUCUGGAAUCAAUGUGGUGUGGGAGCCUUUCGAAAAAGAAAAGCCAGGUUUUCUCAUCAUUGACAGAAAGAAUUUUACGAUGAGCACACCGGAGACAGUGAAUUAUAAAGCGUUUGAAUUUUGGACUGACUUUUACCCAAAAGUGAUUGAAAUUGGUACGAAAUGUUGCAAAGAGGACAUGGCGGCGCAUAUAUUCCUGUUGUGUGCGAUGUGGCUGGCAUUGGCAACAGGUCAGCGACCCGGAUUCGCUGGCAGCAGGCCUAUAGGAUUUCCCGAGGUGUACAACAGAACCACCACAGAGGCAGCGGGAUUGGGCGAUAGGUUCGGCGAAGGUGACGUCACAACCCAAAGGCUGCCAAUCGAAGCGAACGGAGACCGAGAGUUGGUCGACAGACUGAGCAAACUACCCGUCGACAAACAACCGUUCUGGUUCAUCAACUGGCAAGCGCUCGAAGCCAACCGCAAUAAACCACAAACCUACCCCCAAAAACCUAACGACUUCAUAGAUUUUGUACCAAACUCUGGUUCGAAAACUCCCAAUUUAAAUAUUCUCAAUUCGAAAAUGAAACCUUCUGAUGGCCAAUCAAGUGUUGGGGCGACAACGGGAAAUUUCAUUGGCUCUGAAAGUGUUACCGUUGGCCAAUCAAGUACAGAGCCGAAUCAAGCAAUUAAUAAUCGAUUUUAUUCAAAUACGGAAAUAAAGAAUAGAUUAUCUGAAACGGAAUCUACUUCCAACUCUCCCACUACAGAGAAUAGAAAAGUAGGUCUCACUGAAGGAUUUCCUACUGCAUCUGUGUUAUCUGAAACGUCUAUUGAUUAUCCGAGAACACCAACAAUGCACAUUCCAACGCAUAGUAGCUUUAGGCAGACUUGGCUAUUAUAUUCUAGUCCAAGAAAUCCUAUUAUCGAUUGAACGUUUUAAUUUUUAAAUGGCAGCUUCCUAAUCAAUCAAUAUUUUGCUGUAUUUUGCCAUUUAAUAGUCAUUUGCCGAUGCUGUGAUUUCUCAUCAACUCAAUCCAUUUACAUAAACUUGAUCAAUGUUAUUUUAAAUAUUAUAAUUUGUAGGUAGUGUUUAGAUUUUGUAUAAGUGAAUAAAGAAUAUUCUUUAUAAUAAUA